AUCAAUGCUGCAACUGAAAUAAUCAAUGUUCCUUGAAAAUUUUUGGUUUUAGCGGCCAUCUUUUUCUCCCCCAAAUUUCAUCCCGCGGUUUUUUCCCCCUCUUUUUAGCCAACCCUAGCUCAAGCUCCGCCAUUCCAAAUCCUUGCUGGCCAUCGCCGUCUCUGUAAAGGAAUGAAGUUAAUGCCUCCCAACGCCUAGCUGCUCCGCAGAAACUCCAACAAUUCUUCCGAGUAAGAGCUCAAAAAGAUCCAGGAAUUGAGAGUUUCGCCCAAGUGAGAGGGUUUAUCAUCGGUGGCUUUCGGAAUCUCGACCACGAAUUGUGCUUUUUCUUCUUCUCGCCACCCGUAAAGGUUUGGAUAAAGCAGAUUCGUAAGUUAAGAUGACGGUAUGUCAAAUCGAGAUUAGCAGGGUGCGAGGAGUAGAAGAUGUUGUGGAUGCUGUCGCAAAUUAUUAAGAUGUGCAGAUGAUCAAGAAAUAGAUUAGAAAAGGUAACUUUAUUUCUUUCUCCCUCUCUCUUUAGUAUGAUUUUCAUAAUGUGUACUAUUGCUAUGGUUUGAACUUAAAUGUUUAGACAUUUUCAGUUCUAUAAUAUAUUUAUUUGCUCUGAACUGGUUGAUAUAAGCUCUAAUUUCUUUAUAUUAUUCAUGUUCAGAUAGUUUAGGGAUACUUAUCAAUUUGCUUAGUGUGUUAUCAUUAUUUCUCGAACACCUCUAGUUCAGAAUUUUUUUUUUUUUUUUGGUGGCUCAGACAGGUAUACGUCUUUGUUUAUUGGCGAGUUCUGGAAAUAAGAGUGGAAGUUAGUUGCUUCCUAUAGGUCAAUUGCUUACUGGCUGGCGUUUGAAGAAUUUGUCAUUCUUUUUGUCAUGCUAUUGUCCAAGAAUAUUCAGAUUGGUUGAUAGCUCUGAUUCCUGUGUUGAUGGAGUGUAACAAAGAUGAGGCUGUCAGGGCCAAGGAAAUUGCUGAGAGGAAAUUGCAUAGUAAUGAUUUUGAAGGGGCUCGAAGAAUUGCAUUGAGAGCACAGAGUCUUUUCCCUGAACUUGAGAACAUUUCACAGUUGUUAGCUGUUUGUAAUGUGCAUUGCUCAGCUGAAAGCAAGAUGUUGGGAUCUGAAAAAGAUUGGUACAGCAUUCUUCAGGUUGAAAGAUCGGUGGAUGAGGCAACCAUUAAAAAACAAUAUCGGAAACUUGCACUUGUACUGCAUCCUGAUAAGAACAAGUUUCCUGGAGCGGAAGCUGCUUUUAAGCUAAUUGGAGAAGCCCAUCGUGUUCUUUCAGAUUAUAAUAGUAGGUCUCAGUAUGAUGCUAAAGUUGGGGUUGCACUUAAGUUUGCUCAAAAUAGGCCACCUUCUCAUAAGGUUAAUCUGAAUCCCCCUGGUAAGAAGCAAUUUCCUGGCCAGAAUAGUGCUCCAAAUGGGGUGUAUUCUCAGUUUAGUAGUGCAAACCAUCAAGCAACUCAAGCUACAGCCACUGGUAGUGAAUCCUUCUGGACGUGCUGUCCCAUUUGCAAGAUAAGAUACCAGUUCUAUAAAAAUGUUGAGAACAAAAUUUUGCGCUGUCAGAAAUGCCAUAAUCCAUAUGUUGCUUAUAAUUUAGGUCCUCAUGGUGUUUCUGGUUCAAGUCAGAGUCGUGCUGCUCCCCGAGGCGUGCCUCCCCCAUUUAACCAGAGUCAACCUGCUAAACAAAAAGGUGAUCCAAUUCAGGGGAGCUACGGUUCUUCUGGACCAAGAACUGGGGUACCGAUGGCGUCGCAUGCUGGCAAUGCAUCGGCUGGGUCUGUUUCAGAGACUGAAUUGAGAAGUACUGGUAAUGCUAACAAGACUAAAGAUGGUAAAAAGGAAGGUACUGUGUUGCCGGAAGAUGUAAAAUUGCCGAAUGAAACAGGUUUUACCAAAAAAAGUCGGAAGAGAGGGAAGAAGUCGGAGCUGGAUUCUGAUGAAAGUUGUGAUAUAUCUGAUGAUAACACCAUCGAAGAGUUAGAAACUGAGAAGUCUUGUUCUGGCCAUGCAACAGGGUUGAGUUCUGAAGGUAAUACUUCGCACUUUGUCAGGAGGUCCGAUCGGCAAAAACAUCACGUCUCCUACAAUGAGAAUGGGAGUGACGAUGACGACUUUGAGAGUCCUCCUAAAAGGCCUCGUAAAGAAAGUCCUCAGAGAGAAGGAAAACCAGAAUGCGAGGAUGUUCUCAAUUCUGCUCAUCCUAUGAAUGAGCAGGAAAAAGUUCCUUCACCGGGUCCUUCUGUCAUGGAAAAGAAGUCUUGUACAUCUCAGACUGCAGCACAGAAACCUAUUGCACCCAAUGAAGUCGCUGGAAAGUUUGGAGCAGUUGAUGUCUCUGAAUCAGAUGUUGAUUCAUGUACUAAGUCCUUUGUUGUUCCUGAGUUUGAAUUCAAUAACUUUGACCUGUUAAGGGAAGCAAGUUGUUUUGAAAUAGGUCAGAUCUGGGCAUGCUACGAGGAUGAGGGUCUGCCAAGAUUUUACGCUCAGAUCAGAAAAGUGUACUCUAUUAAUCCAUUUAAAGUACGCAUGACUUGGCUUGAGGCUGAUCCAGAUGAUGAAGAUGAGAAUGAUUGGGUAAAGAGAGACUUACCUGUUGGAUGUGGUAAAUUCAAACUUGGUGAUAGUCUUUCUGAAACAAAUGUUUGUGUAUUCUCUCAUCAAAUGGAUUGUAAGAUGGUCAGUAAGAAGGGCGGGAGAGUCACUUUCAUGGUUUAUCCUAGAAAGGGAGAGACUUGGGCACUUUUUAAGGAUUGGAAUAUCAGAUGGAGCACCGAUGAGUACAAGAAAUGUAAGUAUGAAAUAGCGGAGGUUGUCUCUGAAUUUGUAGAAGGUGUUGGCAUUGAAGUCGUAUUUUUGGAAAAACUCAAUGGCUUUGUGAGUCUGUUUGAGCGAAGAAAUAAGAACGGGGCUGUUUCAGUUUUGGUACCGGCAACCGAAAUUUUUAGAUUUUCGUAUCGUAUCCCUUCUUUUAAAAUGACAGGCCAGGAAAAGGAAGGCGUCUUAGAAGGGUCCUUAGAACUUGAUCCUGCAGGUCUUGCCAAUUGUGAUGAUGCCUGUUUGCCGUCGGUCUCUGAUGCUGGUAUUGGAAACAGAAGUGGUGAAGCUAAUUGUACCAUUCGUGAGCCACCCGAAAUGAGUAAGCCCAAAUUUUCUGAGGAUGAGAACGCUCCAAAGAAGCGUACAGACUCUAUGAGGGAAAUUGGUGUUGGAGGUGAGAAUUUUAGGCUUCGUAAGUCUCCUAGGGGUCUGAAGAUUGUGGGGGAGAACAGGCAGAUGGAUACGUCAGCAGGAUCAGAAUCUUCAGGUCAUGUAAAUUGUGAAGAAUCCAAGAGUGACUUUUCUCUUUUCACAGAUGGAGUUGCAACUGCUCAAGUUGACAAAAGAAGAGGUAAAGAAAGGAAAGGGUUAAGCCUAGGCAAAAGCAACAGCGUGUAUCAAUCUUCAUCUCCCGGUCGCAAGGUGUCGGAGAAUUUGCUUCAUGACUUUGGGGAGAACAGAUCAGAGAAAAAGUUUGAAGUAAAUCAGAUUUGGGCACUCUACACGCCUGAGCAAAAGUUACCGAAAAUGUAUGGUCAAAUCAAGAGAGUUGAUCGCUCCCCUUUUAGGUUGCACGUUGCACCACUUGAACUAAUAUCACCACCUGAGAAUAAACGACAGUGUGUUUGUGGGAUUUUCAAAGUGAAAGGUGGAAAACCCCGAGUGUUUGAAUCCUCUCUGUUCUCACAUCAACUGGAACCGAAAGUGAAAAAGAAUGAGCUUUUGAUUUAUCCAAAGGUGGGAGAGGUUUGGGCAUUGUACAGGGAUUGGACUGCUGAAUCAACACCAUCUGCACUGAAAAACUGUGCAUAUAGGCCAGUGGAGAUCAUAGAAGUCGACAAGGACCACAUACAAGUUUCACCUCUUGUAGCAUUGACUCCUGAUUAUAAACUUGUCUUCAGAUCUUUCAAGAAACAGACCGUUUCUGAAGUAAUUAAUGUUCCAUUUCAUGAGUUGGGGAGGUUCUCACAUCAGAUUCCAGCUAUCCGGCUCACAGCUGAGAAGGGGCGCAAAUUUGAAGGCAAUUGGCUGCUUGAUGCAGCAGCAAUUCCAGAAUCUAAGUAGUGUAGGCUUAGCAAAUUUAAAUCCCUCUGACAGGCUGAAGACCGCAAUCUGCUGUGGAAUCUUUUUUGCUUUUGACGAGGUCCUAGUUAUCUGACUAAAUUAUCCAGUCCUUACUCUUUAGACCUCCUUUUUUAGUGUCUAAUUCUGUUGGUUUUUUGGGGGGAAACUUUUGAUUUAGAUAGUGUAUGAAACUAACUGCAGCAUUGUUUGUAGAUACGAGAAUCUGCGAGGAACAAGUAACUCGAGAUUUGCUCGUCUUUGAAAUGGUUUACCUGCAGCUCAAUGCAGCCAUUUUCAAUGUUUCAUGCCAUAGUUUUCCAACAUUCUUUUUGUUCUGGUUAUUUUCUUGUUGAAGACUUGAAAAAUGAAAAUAUUGAUGCUCUCUCUUCUUAAAAGUUGCAUGGGUAAAAAUAGCAGCUAAACUAUUUUGCUAUAACUGUCCCUCAUUAAUCAAUGAUAUUCAUGUUAUAUUACAAUAAUCC